GGCGGCAAUGCAUCGGUUAUGCAUGGUGAUUGUUCCCAGUCGCGUAUGUCAAUGCACAGUAAUAAUAGCAGUGGUAGUUCAUCACUACCGAACAAUACUGAUUUUGCAGAUGAAAACAAUUGCAGCAGUAAUUUUUCGAGCCCUCAAUGCAGUGAUUCUUCAAGCAACGAAGCUGAAAUUUUGGCUUUAUGGUUGGAUAAGCUCGGUAUGUCCGAGUAUUUGAGCUUAUUUUUCACACAAGGCUAUGAUUUGUCGACUAUUGCUCGUAUAACUCCUGAAGAUUUACUGGCACUCGGUAUUACUCAGCCAAAACAUCGCAAAAUACUCAUUGCAGAGAUUCAUGAGUGGCAUAUUGCGGAUCCUUGGCCACUGUCUGUACCAUCUAAUGAUCUCAAGGAAUGGUUGUCAUUGAUUGGUUUACCCGAAUAUUAUGCAGUGUUAACUUCUCAAGGUUAUUAUUCUGUUAGUGAAGUUGAAGGAUUGACUUGGGACGACCUAGAAGACAUUGGUAUUAAGAAAUUGGGACACCUUAAGCGAUUUGGUCUCGCCAUCAAAAAAUUAAAGGUAUUUCCCCAUUAUCGGUCGCGCUCACCAUCUGAUGACUUUAAGAAUUCAAUGAAACCAAUCAAGAAGAAUUCUCUACCACUUUUUGAUACCCAAGUUGAUAAAAAAUCUAUGCGCUUGAAUUUAUGUUCAUCAUCACGUAUUCUCUCCGAUCUUUGCGCAGAUAAAACCAGUCUAGAUGGUACAGAUUAUCCACCACCGCCAGGUUUUUUUUUUGUUUUAUGA